AUGGGUGAUGUAGAUUUGGGUCUCCUUGAUGAUGACGACUAUAUCAAGUCGGUGCUUCGAACGAAAAGACUGGGUAUUGCCGAAUGCUUUAUCUAUCGACUACCGUCAGGUUCCAAGUCACCUUAUCGUGCUGAUGGGUGGCCACUGACUAAACCUCUGCAAUGUGUUUCGCUUCGAGUUGAGAGGAGAGACAAUAGUCUGCUGCUGAUCUUUACUUAUACACAUGAUGGCAAAGCAAAUGGCGCUUCCAAACUAUUCGCGCUUUCUGCAAUCAACCUUGUUGAUAGUAAGGAUAAGGAACUCCCCAUGGAACACUACGUCGAAUCUGUUCUCGACUCAACUCGCUUCUUUGUCAUUCGAGUGACAGAUGACAAAGCUGGUCGCGAAGCCCUAGUUGGAUUGGGCUUUAGAGAUCGACAGGAAGCUAAUGAUUUCAGAUCUGCUCUCAGCAAGUAUGAAAGCGAAAUUGCUUCAGAGAGGAAAUGA